CGGGGCGCGGCCAGGUCUGGAACAUGGCGGCGCCCUCGGCCCCGCGGCCGCCCCGGCCCCGCAAGGAGCCGCAGCCGCUCGUCAUCCCCCGGAGCGCGGCCGAGGAGCAGCGCCUCCGCCUCGAGCGCCUCAUGAGGAACCCGGAAAAGACUGUACCAAUCCCCGAAAAACUGAACGAAUGGGCACCGCGACCUCCCCCGGAGUUCGUUAGAGACGUGAUGGGUUCCAGUGCUGGAGCUGGGAGCGGGGAGUUCCACGUGUACCGGCAUCUCCGGCGGCGAGAGUACCAGAGGCAAGAUUUCAUGGAUGCCAUGGCUGAGAAGCAAAGACUAGAUGAGGAAUUCCAGAAGAAACUGGAGAGGAAUAAGAUGGUUGCAGAAGAGCAAACAGCAAAACGCAGAAGGAAGCGCCAGAAGUUAAAAGAGAAGAAGCUGCAAGCUAAGAAAAAUAAACUUGAACAAAAGAAGCAGGAAAAAGAACCAGAUCAAUCCCAAGAGCGAGGCAGCAGCGAGGAUGACGAAGAGGACAGCAAGGAGGAGGAAGAGAAGGAAGAUGACGCUGAAGAGCCAAGUUUUGUGAUGGGAAGAGGAUGAGGCCUUUCAGGGACAGCUGGAAGCACUGUUCAUUGCUUUAUAUCCAGGAGCAUGAAAGCCUUUCAUCUCAGCCAAGCAGAACCCAUUGGCCGUACGUUACAUCUGCUUAACGGGGCAUGGCCUUCACGUCACAGGCCCGAGAGAUAAUGAUAGAGAAAUGCCAAAUAAGAGAUUUUUUUCUUAAUUGCCUGUAUAACUGCUGUGCAGUCUGCUCUAAGUUUGCUCUAAAGAGUCAGCCAUAAGUCUCUGUGACCCUGGAGUUCUUUCUAACAUGGCCCAGAGUGUUUUUCUGUCUGAAAGCUAAAACAUAUCCAUUACCAUUUAAGGGAAAUAUUACUGUGAAGGCUACGUAUUCUACUUAUGGCGGAGCUGGUAGCAGUGGGAUACAUGAAUCUAAGGGAAGAGUUCAACCUGAAGUAGAAAAGUGGUCUGUAGCCAGACUCUCCUGCACUGUGAGUGUUCUGAAUUUGGGGUUUUGUAUGGGGUCAUCUCUAACCCAAAGAAAUCAGUUUAUGUUGCUAGACAAGUUCUAUAGAUUUUUAAUCGGGAUCCCUUUUUUAUUGCUAAAACUUUUCCCUAUUGCUUUUCUUCCAUGUUUUUUAAAUUAAUAAAAGGGAUGUGUUGGAUUG